AAAAUGUCAAAGUCAAAUAUACUCUGAAUACUAUGUUUACUAUUAAAAAACGACUAGAAAUUUGAUCAAUUACCAUUUUAUAAAAUACCUGACCUAUAAAUAAUUUUCUAUUAUUUUCAGUUUAGUGAAGGUAAAAUUUGUACCUUACUUGUUACACACGGAAGUUUUAACCUCAUUUUGUGGAAAAAGUUUUUCAGGUGUAGCCUUAGAAUGGAUGAACCCAUCAAAUAUGAAGAACAGGCUCAAGUUGCUUCAUCAAUUCCUCUAUUUAUAAAAAAGCUAUGGAAAAUGGUUAAUGACGUAGAUUCAGAUAAUAUCAUUAGUUGGAAUGUUGAAGGAGACAGUUUUAUUAUACAUGAUCAACUACAAUUCAUUAUCAAAUUAUUACCUCAUUAUUUUAAGCAUAACAAUAUGGCUAGUUUUGUAAGACAAUUAAAUUUUUAUAACUUUCAUAAAGUUCAAAAUGUAAAUAACGAAGUGCAGUUUGCUCAUGAAUGUUUCAUAAAAGACAUGCCUGAAGUGUUAUCAUACAUCAGAAGAAAAAACCCUGUAGUUAAGCAGAAAUCAGUGCCUAAUUUUAAAGAGCAAGAAGUACAAGGUCUUCUAAAAGACGUUAAAAGUUUAAAAGGAAAACAUUCAUUGGUUGAUAAGGAACUUGCUAUGCUGAAGCAAGAAAACCUUGCCUUAUGGACAGAAUUAAAUUCACUUAGAGUAAAAUAUACCAAACAGUCAACCAUCAUCAACAUGCUAAUACAUUUCUUAAUUACAUACAUUCAUUCACACCAAACUGCAUUUACUAAACAAAACAUAGAUGCUUCUUCAAAUACUCUUAAUAGAAAUAAUAUUAAAGUAGGGCCACAAUUGCUAGAAAUAGGUUAUAAGAAUCCCAAGAAGUCUCCUGCACAGAAUCCAUAUACAGUUCUGCAACCAGGUACUAGUGAUUCAGUAACAUAUUCAUUGGAGUUGCCUGAAACUUGUGGGCCUGAAGUGAAAAGACAGAGGAGAAGUCCCAAAGGAUUAGAUGAUCUAAUGAUGCAAAGUCAACCUGGAUUUCCAGGAAUGAGCUCAUUAAAGAAGCCACAGAGAUCUGGGAUUACCUAUUCCAUUAAAUUGCCAAGUCAAGCUGAGAAACUUAUUCAACCUGACAUUCCUAGAUCAUUACUGGACAUACUAAAGCAGAAUGAGCAACUAUGUGAAGAUGAAAAUGACGAGAUAACAAAUCUUCAGGCAGCAGAGAAUUUAAUACACCUAAAGGAAGAACCUGAUGAUUUACAGGACGAUAUGAUGACAGACGACGAAUCUGAUAUAGACAAAUAUUACACAGUUAGUUAUCCUUCUGAAAAGUCAGUAAAAGAAGUUAUACCCGAAGAACAGAUAGCAGCAGAGAGUCCAUACGAUGGACCAUUAAUAGAGAGUCCGCAAGAGAGUGUAGUUGACCAAGGAACUCAAGUUUUUUCUCCUUCAGAUAUUCCUGUGAUUAUUUCACAAGAAGUACCUAUCAAAACACCUUCUGGUAAAGCUAACUUGACCAUUUCUUAUCCAAAUUCACAAAACUUGAACCAGAACUCAAACAAAAAGAAAAUAAAGGUAUUCGACCAUGUAUUUAUACCAAACAAACCAAAAACUUUAUUAAAGGGAACCUCUAAAUUGAAGUCUACUGUAACUGCCCCAAAUACAGGUAAAAUCUUACCUUCAAAAGUUGUGACAUCAAAGUUAUCAAGAAGGUUGUCGUCUCAGUCUAAUGAUAUUGAAGCAGCCGAAGGAACUCUGUUAGAAAUUCUAAAAGAAAAUGAGAAACUCACUAAAGAUAAUAUAAAGAAUCCAACUAGAGCCAAUUAUAAGCGUUCAAAUUUGGAGAAAUUAAUAAAUUCUGAUGCAAAUAUGGGCAACUCUUUUAAUGAUUACUUCAUAACUGAUACAGGUGCUACCGAGUUGUUGGGUUCCGAAACCCACUCCAAAAUCCAACCCGUUUCCGAAUCUCCGAAAAAAUUACAACGGACCAUAUCCGGAGCAGCAAAUACUUCUUCUGCAACUGAUACUAAUACUAAUUUUAAAAUUCUAGAAAGUCCAAAAGAACAUUUCAGCAACUACGUCAGCAACACACAGGAAGAGAUCGACAUGUUGCAGGACAUCUUGAAUAAUCUCACGUCGAAUGACUUGUCUGGAAUACUCGCAAACCAGCCAGGUCAACUUUCUGAGGAAGAUAUAUCUGCUAUCAAUGAAGAAAUCGAACACGAGAAAGCUGUUGAUGAUAUGCCGGUCGAAGAGUUAGACGACGAUAAUAGAGAUGAAGACGUAGAUAAGUAUUUUAAAACGCAUUUUUUAGAUUUGGACAAUGUUUAGAUGUGUUUAGUUAAGGUUUAACGUAUUUUACCAAAUAAUGUUAAUAUAUUGUAUCGGGUUAUGUGUUAAAUGAUUUCCUUUAUAACAUUGAAUCGUUUGAAAGUAUUUUAUUCUAAUAAACUUUGUAUCAA